GAUCCCCCGGGAGAUAUAUUACAUGCUACGCCGUCGUUCCCAGUGCCACAGUUUACCCUCUAACAAUUCCCGCACUGUAUACUUUCACUCUGAUCGCAAACCAAGUCAAAUAAGAACAUUCGAACUUUGUUGACUGCAACUUCGCUCACCCAUCGUGCCCAAACUCCCUAGUACAAAUUGAAACCAUGAGCAAAGAUCAGCCGCAGUCUCCCCGUCACUGGCACGGAGACUUCGGAAACCGGUACGAGCAUCAAAACGUCUGGGUCCGCGGUGGUCCGUCCGCCCCCUACUUUCGCCGGCCCUCUGUGCCGGGUGGUUCGGUGUUCAACACCGCGGCGACGACGACGACCGGACCGGAGAUGACUACCGACAGACGUGGCUCUAACUCCUCCGACAUGUCAAACAGCUCGAACAACAUGGCCAGCAGCCCUCCUCGGGCCCCAGACAGGAGACGCUCCAGUGGCCAGAACUCGUCCCUGUUCGGGGGUCUCACUAGCCAGAAGCGUAACUCCGCCGACCCGAACUUCGCAUCACGCCGCGAGAGCUAUACCGAGCAGUCUCAGUCGGGUGGUAUGUUCGCCAGGUGGUGGGAUGGAUACACCCGGGGAAGUAACCAGGGGAAGUAAAUGCCCAUCAAUAUGAAAGGGUCUUGUUGUUAUAUGGCUCUUGUUUUCACGUAUCAUUUCUUUUUUCCAGGUUGGAAGUCUGAGACGAU